AUGCCGUUAAACAUUGCUACUCAACUGACACUGCAUACUGUGGUAGCUGCAUAUCAGCUCAUCAUCAACACAGAGCAAACUGUGGUUGAGGCGGGAAAGGGCCUCUUUCGGGAGCGCUCUGACCCAGGACAUCAUGGAUACAGGUGCCAGGCUUCGGUCUUCACGCUUGUACUGGAGAACAACGUGUCAAUCUUGGGUGCAGUGGACCAUCUGAAGCUCCUUGUAGCUUCUAAGGACCCGCCUUCGUGCAUCCGUAUGGGGUCGACUGCAAGGAUUGGCACAACAUUAUAG